UUAGCUCUUGUCAAGAUAUCAAAUGAUUGGGUCUAAGACUUAUAUUCCUAGGAAAGGCUUUAAUUUUGAUAACUAUCAAAGAAAUCUAUAUCUUUUAUCAAAAGAUAUUGCUUUACCACCUACUAUUUCUACAGGAACAACAAUUGUUGGUGUUAUAUAUGAAAAUGGAGUAUGUAUCGCUGCAGAUACUCGAGCAACAAUGGGUCCUAUUGUAGCAGAUAAAAAUUGCAAGAAAUUGCAUAAGAUUUCAUCAAGAAUAUGGGCAGCAGGAGCAGGAAUAGCGGGAGACAUUGAUUUUGUUACGUCUUAUAUUUCGUCACAAAUUGAACUGCAUGCUUUAUAUACAAAACGACAGCCACGUGUUAUUACGGCAUUGACUAUGAUGAGGCAAUAUUUGUUCAAAUAUCAAGGAUAUGUAGGUGCCUAUUUGAUUGUUGCAGGAGCCGACCCUACGGGAUUACAUUUGUUCACAGUUUCUGCUCAUGGAAGUACUGAUAAGCUUCCAUUUGUUACAAUGGGAAGUGGUAGUCUUGCAGCCAUGUCUGUUCUUGAGACAAAAUAUAAACCUAAUAUGAGCAGACAAGAAGCAAUAGAUCUUUGCAAGGAUGCUAUUUUAGCGGGUAUUUUUAAUGAUCUAGGUUCAGGAAGUAAUGUAGAUAUUGUUGUCAUAGAAAAAGAAAAGACACAAUAUCUUCGUAAUUAUCUUAAGCCAAAUGAACGAGCACCUAAAGAAAGGUCCUAUAAAUUCGAGAGAGGAACUACUGCAGUAAUUAAAAAAGAUAUCAAAAAAUAUGUUACCACUGUGGAUAUUAAUGAUGAAAUGGAAAUUGAUGAAUAA